GACUCCUUGACAGGCAUGGAAGGCUCGGUAAUGAUUAAUCUAAUUGAAGCUCGUGGUCUGCGUGGGGUGGAUAAAAGUGGAACAAGUGAUCCUUUUGUGCGUGUUCGAAUUGGAAAAACUCAGGCAUACAAAACCAAGUACAUCAAAAAGACAUUGGCCCCAGUGUGGAAUGAGUCUUUUAAAUACUCGGUUCCUAGUACACCAAUUUCUAUUGAUUUUAAGGUCAAAGACUAUAAUCGCUUUUCAAGCUCUGUUGAUCUAGGCGAAUGUCAGUGGAAUCUCUGGAGCUUGGUGCGCCCUGAGCAAUCCACUAUUUUUGAAGGAUGGUUGCCUCUUUACCCUACUGGUAGUGGAGAAAUUCAUGUAAGAAUUGAGUUUUCAUAAUCAAGUCUUUGGUGUGUAUAUUCUACACAUAAGAAAAAGAUACGCACAUUAGUAAUUAAGUACAUAUAACAUCACACUCAAAAUAAAGUAAAAUAAAAUAAAAUAAAUGU